AUGGCGAUGAUGCAAGGGGUGCAGAAGAACACGCUGUACGUGGGAGGGUUGGCGGAGGAGGUAAACGAAUCCAUCCUCCACGCCGCCUUCAUCCCCUUCGGCGACAUCAAGGACGUCAAGACGCCGCUCGACCAGGCCACGCAGAAGCACCGCUCCUUCGGCUUCGUCACCUUCCUCGAACGCGAAGACGCCGCCGCCGCCAUGGACAACAUGGACGGCGCCGAGCUCUAUGGCCGCGUCCUCACCGUCAACUACGCCCUCCCCGAACGCAUCAAGGGCGGCGAACAGGGCUGGGCCGCCCAACCUAUUUGGGCGGAUGCGGAUACCUGGUUUGAGCGCCAGCAGCAGGAGGAGGAGAUGCGACGGAUUGAGACCGAGAAUCGCGCGGCGAUGCAGGCGGCGGAGGACUUGCACAGGAAACAAGUGACGGAACAGCGGGAGGGAGAGAAGGAAGAGGAAAUUGAGAUCAAGGAUGAUCCUAUGGCCAAGGCUGAAGCUGAGAUUGUACAACAAUAG